AUGACUGAAGAGAACAGAAAUGGUCAAAACAGACUAAGCCAGGACUCCUCAAAUGUAGAAGACUCUCAGAGUCAGGAUCCUGCAGUUGAGGGCCUGUCAGAGGCAACAAAAGGGAAUAAACCAUCUCCCAAUAUUGAGGUUCAGGUUGUGUAUCACGUAGAGCUUCAUGUGGACGUGAACAAUAUCCCACAGAGGUUUGAAAAAUACAAUGUCCUCUACUUCCUGAGAAACACCAGUGAAACUAUCACUGAACCUGCAGAUAUAAACGAGGCUAAUAAUUCGAUGCCCAAACUUAUUGAGUUUGGCAUGAUGAAUGACCAUCCCUUGAUGAUGCUUGGAGGGCUUUUCAACCAUGUGUACAUCCCUCUUCUCUCGGUGAAUCAGCUGAGGCUCACUGAUGGUGGCUAUCAUGGUGUUGCUGGCUCUCAAGAGAGUGACGCAGUGUGUAAGACAACAGGAGAUGAGAAACAGCCGCCUGCAGAAUCCCGUGGGGCUUUUGAAGUCCGAGAUGAUCUGCUCCACAGCACACAUAAAUUCUUGCAGGUCAUAAACCAAACCCUACAGCAGCUUGAAGUUUGGAAGAAUGAACGAGACAUUGACGAUAAACUUAAAUCCAUUGAAUCGGCAAACCUUUUCAAAUUUCCAAUGGCAGAUAAAAAUGGAUACCUACCAGGAAUUAAGGAGUUCUGUGACUUCAUUGAGUGUGAGAGGGCAAAGGCAAUGAACCUUCUUGUAAAUAAGUAUGCAGCUAUCAGUCCACUCCUCACCAAGAUAGAGAGUCUGAUUAUGGGAACCAGCACUGGCAAAUCCAAACGCAUGGCUCAAUUCUACGCUUAUUGGGAGCGCAAGAUCUUUGAUUCACUUCGCAAGAUGGUGCUUCACAAUAUUCAAGCUUUUAACACUGCACUGAUGGGCACUACUCCACUCUUCCAAAUCGACACCAUCCUAGCUGCACCUGAGAUUGCUUUGCUUCCCAAGAGCAGUGAGGUGUACAAGCUCAUUAGACAGUGUGUCGGUGACUGUGUGGAGAGCACCAGGCUGUUUUUUCGCUGGAUGCAUGGCAGUUGUAUCCAAUGCCCUCCACAGCAUGUGGAUGGUGAAGACAAACCAUUCGUCUUCACUUUUUACAGUGAAGUAUGCCAGCUUCCACAGAUAAAUGAGCAAGCCACAGCCAUCUCCCAGACAAUGCAGCGUCUCCUUAAUGGAAUCAGUGCCUACCUCAAAACCUGGAUGAGCUAUCGCUCUCUCUGGAAACUCGACAAGGCUAUUGUUAUGGAGAAGUUUGCAGCCAAGAAGCCCUCAUGUGUGAUGUAUGAUGAGAAGUUUCAGUUUUAUGUCAGGGUCAGCAAUGAGGUGGCAAAGCAGCCCUUGGUGAAGCAUGAACACAUAAUCAGACUGAACCUGGAGCCACUGGCCCGUGCCGUCCAGGAGAAUGCUCAAGCAUGGGUCACUUCUCUUGGCAGGCUGCUCAAUGACUCAGCCCGAGAGGAGCUUUUCAACUUGCGCAAUUUUUUCAGGAUUCUUUAAUGAAUAGACAGUUUAACAAAAAACAUAAUUUAUUUGAAAUAGAAAGCUUUUGACAUUAUGAAUGUCGGUACUCUCCCUUUUAUCUAUUUAAUGCAUCAUUGCCUAAUAAAAUUAUAAAUUUUAUCUGCUUUACAAUACAAGACUACAGAGGAGGAGGUGCAGCUGUCUGCAAACAUCUUCAUUUUGUGGAGUGAACUUUUUAAAGAGUCUAGACGGGUUGACCGCAGCCUGGCAAAAGUAAAAAAGACCUUUGCAGAGAUCACUCUAAACCAGAUUGAGGAGUAUAAACAGGAGCUCUCCAUAUUUGCAGAGAGCUUCAACAUGCAUGGGCCUGGAGCCGUGGGAGAUGAUCUAGAGAAAGGUUUGAAGAUCAUGGCUACCUAUGAGACGGAGCUGGAUAGGGUAGAGGCAAGCCGUCAGGAACUGGCUAAAGCUGAGAAACUGUUCAACCUGCCCAUCACUAUGUACCCAGAGCUUCUCAGUGUACAAAAGGAGAUGAAGGGCCUGAGACAGAUUUAUGAGAUUUAUAAAAGCCAGAAGGAGGCUAAGGCAGAGUGGUCACAGACCCUUUGGGUGAAUCUGGACAUAAAGCUCCUGCAGGAAGGUAUAGAGGGACUUAUCAAGAGCUUGCGGAAGCUGCCAAAGGAUGUGAGAGCUCUUCCUGUAUCUUUCUUCCUGGAGGGCCGCAUGAAGGAAUUUAAAGAGUCAAUCCCUCUCCUCUUGGACCUAAAAAAUGAGGCUCUCAGGAACAGGCACUGGAAAGAUCUAAUGGAGAGGACAGGCACCAGCUUUGAGAUGAACCCAAGCACUUUCACUCUGGAGAACAUGUUCUCCAUGGAGCUGCACAAAUAUGGCAACGUCAUCAGUGAAAUCGUCACAUCAGCUGUGAAGGAGCUCGGCAUUGAGAAGGGAGUUAAAGAAGUGGAGGCAACUUGGGAAACUAUGAAAUUUAGUGUGCAGCGGUUUUUAAAAGGCACACAGGAGCAUGGUUUCAUUCUUGGUGUUGUGGAUGACAUCCUUCAGCGCCUGGAUGAUGAUGCCAUGAACCUGCAGAGUAUGGCAGGCAGCCACUAUGUUGGUCCCUUCCUGGCCACUGUACAGCAGUGGGAGAAGAAUCUAUCACUCAUCAGUGAGAUUAUUGAGGUAUGGAUGUUAGUACAGCAAAAAUGGAUGUACCUGGAAAGCAUCUUCAUUGGAGGUGACAUUCGCACUCAGCUACCUGAGGAAGCCAAAAAAUUUGACAAUAUUGACAAAAUGUUCAAAAAAAUAAUGACUGACACAGUGAAGGACCCUGGCAUUAAGAGAUGCUGUCUGGUUCCAAAUCGUCUGGCCGAUCUGCAGAACCUAAGCGAUGGUUUGGAGAGGUGUCAAAAGAGUCUUAAUGAUUAUCUUGAUUCCAAGCGGAACGCUUUCCCACGUUUUUUCUUCAUUUCUGACGAUGAGCUGCUCAGUAUCCUGGGCAGCAGUGAGCCUACUUGUGUGCAGGAGCACAUGAUCAAGAUGUAUGACAACAUAGCAGCAUUGCGUUUUGAUACGGGAAUGAAUGGAGAGAUGGUGGCAAGUGCAAUGGUUUCUGCCGAGGGGGAGGUGAUGGAGCUCAAACAGCCUGUACCUGCAGAGGGCCGUGUGGAGGACUGGAUGACGGGAGUGCUGCUGGAGAUGAGGAGAACCAACAGACUCAUCACCAAAGAAGCUAUUUACUUCUACAACCACCGAAAGACUAGGGUGGACUGGAUGCUUGACUACCAGGGAAUGGUGGUGCUGGCGGCAAACCAGGUGUGGUGGACCUGGGAGGUGGAAGACGUCUUCAAAAGGAUGAGUCAAGGAGAAAAGCAGGCAUUGAAACAGUAUGCAAAGAAAAUGCACAAGCUGAUCGAUGACCUGGUGAGGCGCAUCACACAACCCUUAAAGAAAAAUGACAGACGGAAAAUCAACACUGUGCUCAUUAUUGAUGUCCAUGCUAGGGAUAUUGUGGACACUUUUGUCAGAGAUAGUAUCACAGAUGCCCGUGAGUUUGAAUGGGAGAGUCAGUUGAGAUUCUACUGGGUUAAAGAGCCUGAUGAGUUGUUUGUGCGGCAGUGCAGUGCUCAGUUCUCCUACGGCUAUGAGUACAUGGGGCUGAAUGGCCGGUUGGUCAUUACUCCCCUAACUGACCGUAUCUACCUCACACUUACUCAGGCCUUGUCUAUGUUCCUGGGUGGAGCACCAGCCGGUCCUGCGGGUACGGGGAAAACUGAAUCCACUAAAGAUCUGGCUAAAGCUUUGGGGCUUUUGUGUGUGGUCACCAACUGUGGAGAGGGCAUGGACUACAUGGCUGUUGGGAAAAUCCUUUCUGGUUUAGCUCAGUGUGGAGCCUGGGGCUGUUUUGAUGAGUUCAACCGCAUUGACGCUUCAGUGCUGUCAGUCAUCUCCUCCCAGAUCCAAACCAUCCGAAACGCUCUAAUGCUGCACCUCAAGAGGUUUCAUUUUGAAGGUCAAGAAAUCAGUCUGGAUAGCCGUAUUGGGAUCUUCAUCACGAUGAACCCUGGUUAUGCUGGCCGCACAGAACUUCCAGAGUCAGUGAAAGCUUUAUUCAGACCAGUGGUAGUCAUUGUACCGGACCUGCAGCAGAUCUGUGAAAUCAUGCUCUUCUCUGAAGGCUUCCUCAUGGCUAAGGUUUUGGCAAAGAAGAUGACAGUGCUGUACAAACUAGCACGGGAGCAGCUGUCUAAACAGUCACACUAUGACUUUGGGCUUAGAGCACUGAAGUCAGUGUUAGUAAUGGCAGGGGAGCUAAAGAGAGGUUCACCUGAUCUCAGUGAGGAUGUCGUUUUAAUGAGGGCUCUUCGAGAUAUGAACCUGCCCAAGUUUGUAUUUGAGGACGUUCCUCUGUUUUUGGGCCUUAUCUCAGAUCUGUUCCCCGGGCUUGACUGCCCACGUGUGCGUUACCCCAGCUUUAAUGACGCUGUAGAGGCCACCUUGCAGGAGAAUAAAUGUAUUGUGUUGCCCAACCAGGUGGACAAAGUGGUGCAAAUGUAUGAGACCAUGAUGACCAGACACACAACCAUGGUGGUUGGACCGACAGGAGGAGGGAAAUCUGUGGUGAUCAACACACUCUGCCAAUCACAGACUAGCGUUUACUUCCCUACUCUCUAUGAUUUUCAUUUUGAUGGAACCCAAAAGAAGUGGGUUCCCUGGAGCUCCAUGGUCUCAAAAUACAUUCAUAACCCUGAUAUGAAAUUCAUUGACAUCCUUGGUAAAGCAGCUUACUUCUCAUCGCUUCUUCUUUGCGAGAUCCUGGAGGAGUAUAAUGAAAAUAAGACCAGGAUGAACUUGGUGCUUUUUGAUGAUGCUCUGGAACACCUGACCAUCAUUCACCGCAUCAUCAGAAUGGACCGUAGUCAUGCAUUGCUGGUUGGCGUUGGUGGUUCAGGAAAGCAGUCUCUUACAAAGCUCGCUGCCUUCACUGCAGGAUAUGAGGUGUUUGAAAUUGUGCUUAGUAGAGGAUACUCAGAGACUAACUUGCGUGAGGAUCUAAAAACUCUGUACCUUAAAUUGGGUAUAGAGAAUAAGAAAAUGGUCUUCCUGUUCACUGAUGCCCAUGUGGCUGAGGAAGGUUUUCUGGAGCUCAUCAACAACAUGCUUACAUCAGGGAUGGUUCCAGCACUGUUCCCUGAUGACGAGAAGGAAUCAGUCCUGAACCAGCUGCGAGAUGAGGCUAUGAAAAAUGGCUCUGGUCCUUCGAAAGAGAGUGUAUGGCAAUACUUUGUCAAUAAGAGUGCCAACAACUUGCACAUAGUGCUGGCCAUGUCACCUGUAGGAGACACUCUCAGAACACGUUGUAGGAAUUUCCCAGGAUUGGUUAAUAAUACAAGCAUUGACUGGUUCUCCCCAUGGCCCCUUCAGGCCCUACAAGCAGUGGCCAAUUCCUUCUUAGGUGAGAAUCCAAUGAUCCCAGAGUGUCAUUCAGAGGCAGUGAUUGCUCACGUGUGCAUGGUGCACAGCUCUGUAGGCGAGUAUAGUAAACUGUUCCUGCAGACACUCCGUCGCAGCAACUACGUCACCCCAAAAAACUACCUGGACUUCAUUAGCACCUACUCCAACUUGCUUGAGGAUAAAGAUAAAUACAUACUGGCACAAUAUAAACGUCUAGAAGGAGGUUUGGAUAAGCUGAAGGAGGCAAGCGGGCAGCUAGCAGAGCUUAACACCAAGCUAGCUGAGCAGAAAGUGGUGCUGGCAGAGAAGACUUCAGCCUGUGAGAUCCUUCUAGAAGAGAUCUGCUCUAAUACUGCUGUUGCGGAGGAGAAGAAAGCCUUGGCAGAGGAGAAGGCUAAAGAGAUAGAGGAACAGAAUAAGGUGAUAGUGGUGGAGAAGAAGGAUGCUGAGAGCUCUCUAGCUGAGGCUCUGCCUGCUUUAGAAGCUGCUCGCCUCGCCCUGCAAGACCUGGACAAAUCUGAUGUCACAGAAAUCAGAUCAUUUGCCAAGCCACCCAAACAGGUGCAGGUUGUGUGCGAGUGCAUCCUGGUGAUACGUGGCUAUAAAGAAAUCAGCUGGAAGACAGCCAAGGGCAUGAUUUCAGAGGCCAACUUCCUGCGAUCGCUUAUGGAAAUGGACUGUGACUCAAUCACUGGCAAUCAAGUCAAGACUGUCAAAGCCUACCUAAGGAACCUCAACACCAGUUUGGAGGAGAUGCAAGCCAUCAGUAAAGCUGGUUCUGGCAUGCUAAGGUUCGUGGAGGCAGUCAUGGGUUACUGUGAUGUGGCCAAAGACAUCAAACCUAAGAGAGAGAAGGUAGCUCGUCUGGAGAGGAAUUUCUUCCAGAGCAAACGUGAGCUGGAGCGAAUCCAGAAUGAGCUCAGUGCCAUCCAGAAAGAGCUUGGAACUCUUGGAGACAAAUAUGAGGCUGCCAUGACAGAAAAGCAACUUCUUCAGGAGGAGGCCGAGGUCAUGGAGAGAAGACUCAUUGCUGCUGACAAACUCAUCUCAGGCCUGGGAUCAGAGAAUAAGCGCUGGAUGGAGGACCUGGAGGAGCUGCAGCAGCGGCGAGUGCGUCUUCUAGGAGACUGUCUGGUCUGUGCUGCCUUCCUCAGCUACGAGGGAGCAUUUAGCUGGGACUUUCGCUAUGAAAUGGUGUAUGAGGUGUGGCAGGCAGAUGUCCUGGAGAGAGGCAUUCCUUUGAGCCAGCCUUUCCGAAUAGAAAACCUGCUCACUGAUGAGGUGGAGAUCAGCAGAUGGGGAUCUGAAGGUCUUCCUCCAGAUGAACUUUCAGUGCAGAAUGGCAUCCUGACCACCAGAUCCAGCCGCUUCCCCUUGUGCAUUGACCCCCAGCAGCAAGCCCUCAACUGGAUCAAAAAGAAGGAAGAGAAGAGCAAUCUGAAGAUCUCAUCAUUCAAUGACCCAGACUUCUUGAAGGGGCUGGAGCUAGCCAUUAAGUAUGGUUUCCCCUUCCUUUUCCAAGAUGUGGAUGAAUAUAUUGAUCCAGUUAUUGACAACGUCCUUGAUAAGAAUGUAAAAGGGCCAGAGGGACGUCAGGUUGUCGUACUUGGUGAUAAGGAAGUUGACUAUGAUCCCAACUUUAAACUUUACCUCAAUACCAAACUUGCAAACCCCAAGUUCUCUCCUGCAGUAUUUGGGAAGGCCAUGGUUAUCAAUUACACAGUAACCCUAAAGGGCCUGGAAGACCAGCUGCUGAGUGUUAUUGUGGGAUUUGAGCAGAAGGACAAGGAGGAGCAGAGAGAACGGCUUAUUCAAGAGACUAGUGAGAACAAACGUUUGCUGAAAGACCUUGAGGACUCGCUGUUGAGAGAGCUGGCCACCUCCACAGGAAACAUGCUAGAUAACGUAGAGCUCAUACAGACUCUGGAAGAAACCAAGACCAAAGCCAGUGAGGUGUUCGAAAAACUGAAGCUGGCAGAAAAGACAGCCAAAGAUAUUGAGACACUGAGAGACGGCUACCGUCCGGCUGCCAAGCGGGGAGCUGUCUUGUUCUUUGUGCUGGCUGAGAUGGCUCUGGUCAACACCAUGUACCAGUAUUCACUUGCUUCCUUUUUAGAGGUGUUUGACCUCUCACUGUCCAAGUCUAUGCCCAACUCAAUCCUGCCCACUAGACUGAAGAACAUCAUGGAUACACUUACACAGAAUAUCUAUAACUAUGGCUGUACUGGUCUGUUUGAAAGACACAAACUUCUCUUCUCCUUCAACAUGACCAUUAAGAUCGAGCAGGGUGAGGGCCGAUCACCCCAGGAUGAACUAGAGUUCUUCCUCAAAGGCAAUCUCUCUUUGGAAAAAAGCAAACGUAAAAAGCUGUGUGACUGGCUGCCUGAUCAAGGCUGGGAGGAUAUAGUGCGCCUUAUGGAACUCUUUCCUAAUGAAUUUGGUACUUUAGCAGACGAUAUAGAAAAGAAUCCUGAGGAAUGGAGGAAAUGGUACGAUUUGGAUGCUCCAGAGCAGGCUUCUUUCCCCGUGAAGUACAAGGACAACCUCACUCCCUUCCAGAAGCUUCUGCUGAUGCGCUGCUUCAGGCUGGACCGAGUCUAUCGUGCUGUCAGUGAUUACGUCACGCUUACCAUGGGAGAGAAAUACGUUCAGCCCCCCGUGAUCAGUUUUGAAGCCAUCUUUGACCAGAGCUCCCCAAACUCUCCCAUUGUGUUUAUUCUGAGUCCAGGCUCAGAACCAGCCAGUGAUCUGAUGAAGUUAGCCAAACGCUCCGGCUUUGGGGCCAACAGACUCAAAUUUCUUGCCAUGGGGCAGGGACAGGAAAAGGUUGCAUUGCAACUGUUGGAAACCGCAGUGGCACGAGGCCAGUGGCUGAUGCUGCAAAACUGUCACCUGUUAGUGAAAUGGCUGAAGGAUCUAGAGAAAGCACUGGAAAGAAUCACUAAACCCCACCCAGACUUCCGCCUUUGGCUCACCACAGACCCCAUUAAAGACUUUCCCAUCGGCAUCCUGCAGAAAUCCCUCAAGGUUGUGACUGAACCUCCAAAUGGACUGAAGCUGAACAUGAGGUCAACGUAUUUUAAGAUCCCUAAUGAUAAGGUGAUGAACUGUCCUCACCCAGCCUUUCGCAGUCUGGUUUAUGUGCUGGCCUUCUUCCAUGCUGUGGUUCAGGAAAGACGCAAGUAUGGCAAGAUCGGCUGGAAUGUGCCUUAUGAUUUCAAUGAGUCUGACUUCCUGGUGUGUAUGGAAAUUUUGGACACCUACCUGACCAAAGCUCACACUCAAGGAGAUGCCAUGAUACCAUGGGCAAGUCUCAAAUACCUAAUUGGCGAGGUGAUGUAUGGUGGCAGAGCUAUUGAUAGCUUUGAUCGUAGGAUCCUCACAGUUUACAUGGAUGAGUAUCUGGGCGACUUCAUCUUCGACACCUUCCAGCCCUUCCACUUUUUUCACAAUAAAGAUGUGGACUACAAUAUCCCACCAGAUGGACCCAAGCAGGUUUAUGCUGAUGAGAUAGAGUCGCUGCCUCUUGCUAACACAGCAGAGGUGUUUGGUUUGCACCCUAAUGCUGAGAUCGGAUACUACACACAGGCUGCCCGAGACAUAUGGACUCAUCUUAUUGAGCUACAACCACAGACAGGUGACUCUGGCGGUGGCAUUAGCAGAGAUGAGUACAUCAGCCAGGUGGCACGGGACAUUCAGAGCAAACUACCUGAAGUGUUUGACCUGGACGUGAUUCGCAAGAAGUUGGGGCUGGAGAUCUCUCCAACGUCUGUAGUGCUGCUACAAGAGCUGGAACGCUUUAAUAAACUCACCCUUAGGAUGAUCCGGUCUCUGGCUGAGCUCCAGCGAGCCCUGGCUGGUGAGGUUGGAAUGAGCAGCGAGUUGGAUGAGGUGGCGAGAGCUCUGUUUAACGGGCAGAUUCCUGUUAUCUGGAGGAAACUGGCACCAGAUACUCUAAAGUCUCUGGGGAACUGGAUGAUCCACUUCAAGAGGCGACACGAACAGUACAGCUCAUGGGUGGAUGAGGGAGAGCCCUGUGUGAUGUGGCUGUCAGGCUUGCAUAUCCCAGAAUCAUACCUGACAGCACUGGUCCAGGCCACCUGCAGGAAGAACGGCUGGCCUCUGGAUCACUCCACUCUUUACACACAGGUUACACACUACAGGAGUGAGGAUGAGGUCAAAGAGAGACCAGGACAGGGAUGUUUUGUAUCAGGCCUGUAUCUGGAGGGGGCAGACUGGGACAUUGAAAAAGGCUGUCUGGUGCGCAGCAAACCCAGAGUUUUAGUGUCUCAACUACCCAUUCUCAAAAUCAUUCCCAUUGAAGCACGCCGCCUCAAACUCCAGAACACCCUGAGGACUCCAGUCUACACUACCUCUAUGAGGAGGAAUGCUAUGGGUGUUGGACUGGUGUUUGAGGCUGAUCUUUUCACCACCAAGCACAUUUCUCACUGGGUACUGCAGGGAGUAUGUCUGUGCCUCAAUGCUGACUGA